GUCUCGGGUCCCUGAGGACACGGCUUCCUGUGGUGCAGUCUGGAGGUCUCAUCCCUGUCGGUGCCCUGGGGUGCGGUGCCUGGCCUCCUGGUGGGAAGCAGGUCUGCAGUCCCUGGGGAGCCGAGUUCUGCCUGGAGAUGUGUGCGGGUGCUGUGGGGCCUCGAGCCUACCCCGGAUGCCUGUGAAGGGCCGCCCCUGAGCCGGUGACAGGGGCCUCCUGCUGACCCUCGGUGGUGACCAAGACAGCGACUUGGCUCAGAGCUCUCCGGACCCCACCGUCAUGUCGGGAUCCACGCAGCCUGUGGCGCAGACCUGGAGGGCCCCUGAGCCCCGCUACCCGCCCCAUGGCCUCUCGUACCCAGUGCAGAUCCGGUCCCACACGGACGUUGGGCUGCUUGAGUACCAGCACCACUCCCGGGACUAUGCCUCCCACCUGUCGCCUGGCUCCAUCAUCCAGCCCCAGCGACGGAGGCCCUCGCUGCUGUCCGAGUUCCAGCCCGGGAAUGAACGGUCCCAGGAGCUGCACCUGAGGCCUGAGUCCCACGCGUACCUGCCCGAGCUGAGUAAGGCCGACCUGGAGUUCAUGGAGAGCAAGCGGCCGCGCCUGGAGCUGAUGUCCGACCCUCUGCUGCGGCCAUCACCUCUGCUGGGCACGGGCCAGCCUGGAGCAUCUGAGGACCUCACCAAGGACCGCAGCCUGGCGAGCAAGCUGGAGCCGGUGUCCCCGCCCAGCCCCCCGCACGGUGAUGCUGAACUGGAGCUGGUGCCCCCGCGGCUGUCCAAGGAGGAGCUGAUCCAGAACAUGGACCGUGUGGACCGUGAAAUCACCAUGGUGGAGCAACAGAUCUCCAAGCUGAAGAAGAAGCAGCAACAGCUGGAGGAGGAGGCCGCCAAGCCGCCAGAGCCUGAGAAGCCCGUGUCGCCGCCGCCCAUCGAGUCGAAGCACCGCAGCCUGGUGCAGAUCAUCUACGAUGAGAACCGGAAGAAGGCAGAGGCAGCCCAUCGGAUCCUGGAAGGCCUGGGGCCCCAGGUGGAGCUGCCCCUGUACAACCAGCCCUCGGACACCCGGCAGUACCACGAGAACAUCAAGAUAAACCAGGCCAUGCGCAAGAAGCUGAUCCUGUACUUCAAGCGGAGGAACCACGCGCGAAAGCAAUGGGAGCAGAAGUUCUGCCAGCGCUAUGACCAACUCAUGGAGGCCUGGGAGAAGAAGGUGGAGCGCAUCGAGAGCAACCCACGUCGCCGCGCCAAGGAGAGCAAGGUGCGAGAGUACUACGAGAAGCAGUUCCCGGAGAUCCGCAAGCAGCGCGAGCUGCAGGAGCGCAUGCAGAGCAGGGUGGGGCAGCGGGGCAGCGGGCUCUCCAUGUCGGCCGCCCGCAGCGAGCACGAGGUGUCGGAGAUCAUCGACGGCCUCUCGGAGCAGGAGAACCUGGAGAAGCAGAUGCGGCAGCUGGCUGUGAUCCCACCCAUGCUCUACGACGCUGACCAGCAGCGCAUCAAGUUCAUCAACAUGAACGGGCUCAUGGACGACCCUAUGAAGGUGUACAAGGACCGCCAGGUCAUGAACAUGUGGAGUGAGCAGGAGAGGGAGACCUUCCGGGAGAAGUUCAUGCAGCACCCCAAGAACUUCGGCCUGAUCGCCUCAUUCCUGGAGAGGAAGACGGUGGCAGAGUGCGUCCUCUACUACUACCUGACCAAGAAGAAUGAGAACUAUAAGAGCCUGGUGAGGAGGAGCUACCGGCGACGCGGCAAGAGCCAGCAGCAGCCUCCACCGCCCCCGCGCAGCAGCCAGGAGGAGAAGGAGGAGAAGGAGAAGGAGGCCGAGAAGGAGGAGGAGAAGCCGGACGUGGAGAGCGGCAAGGAGGAGCUCGGCAAGGAGAAGACGGACGACACCUCCGGGGAGGACAAUGAUGAGAAGGAAGCCGUGGCCUCCAAGGGCCGCAAAACCGCCAACAGCCAGGGCCGGCGCAAGGGCCGCAUCACCCGCUCCAUGGCCAACGAGGCCAACAGCGACGAGGCCGUCACCCCGCAGCAGAGCGCCGAGCUGGCUUCUCUGGAGAUGAACGAGACCUCGCGCUGGACGGAGGAGGAGAUGGAGACGGCCAAGAAAGGCCUCCUAGAGCACGGCCGGAACUGGUCGGCCAUCGCCCGCAUGGUGGGCUCCAAGACCGUGUCGCAGUGUAAGAACUUCUACUUCAACUACAAGAAGCGGCAGAACCUGGAUGACAUCCUGCAGCAGCACAAGCUGAAGAUGGAGAAGGAGAGGAACGCACGGAGGAAGAAGAAGAAAGCGCCAGCCACAGCCAUCGAGGAGGCCGCCUUCCCACCCGUGGUGGAGGACGAGGAGAUGGAGGCAUCGGGUGCCAGUGGGAAUGAGGAAGAGAUGGCUGAGGAGGUGGAAGCCUUGCCGGCCCCCGGGAACGAGGUCCCCAGAGGGGAAUGCAGUGGCCCAGCCACUGUCAACCACAGUUCGGACACCGAGAGCGUCCCUUCCCCGCGAGCCGCUGAUGCUGCCAGGGAGCCGGGGCUCAAUGGACCCCAGCCCCUGCCCGCCCCGGCCCCCGAUGGGCCCCCUGCCCAGCCACCCACACCGCCGCCAGAGGACACCCCAGCCCCUGCUGAGUCUGCCCCAGGCCCUGAGGCCAGCGGCCCCCCCACAUCCCCAGCAGUCCCCUCAUCGCCCGCCGCACCGACUGCUAUGGUCCCCAAGGAGGAGGAGGAGAAGGAGGAGGACGGGGAGGAGGAGGCGUCCACCAUGGUGCCCCCAGCUGAGGAUGGGGAGGGGCCGAAGCCCCCCACGGAGGAGCUGACGGGGGCCCCGGUGAAGAUGCAGGAGGCCGACGCAGCCCCCGAGGAGCUAGCCAAGAGCGAGUGCACAGCGGAGGGCCCCGUGGGCGCCCAGGACAAGGGGGCGAUGGACGAGGCUCCACUGGUGCCUGAGGGCCCGCUCAAGGCUGAGAAGAAGGAAGGCCCCAGUGGCAAAGGCCCCGCCACCAGGGGCUCAGCUGCCCCGCAGGACAGCGAUUCCAGCGCCACUUGCAGUGCCGAUGAGGUGGAUGAGCCGGAGGGAGGCGACAAAAGGAGGCUGCUGUCCCCAAGGCCCAGCCUCCUCACUCCAGCCGGUGACCCCAGGGCCAGCGCUUCACCCCAGAAACCGCUGGACCUGAAGCAGCUGAAGCAGCGUGCAGCCGCCAUCCCCCCCAUCGUCACCAAGGCCCAUGAGCCCUCCCAGGAGGAUGCAGCAGCCCCUCUGCUGGCUCCUGCGGCCCCUCCAGCCCCGCAGCACCUGCAGGCCGAGAGCGGCACCUCCCAGCAGCCCAGCAGCAGCCCCCGGGGCAGCAGCAGGAGCCCCGCACCCCCCACCGAGAAGGAGGCAGAGAAGCCCACGUUCUUCCCGGCCUUCGCGGCUGAGGGCCAGAAGCUGCCCGUGGAGCUGCCCUGCUGGACAGCGGGCCUGCCCUUCCCCAUGCCCCCUCGUGAGGUGAUCAAGGCCUCCCCGCACGCCCCGGACCCCUCUGCCUUCUCCUACGCUCCCCCUGGUCACCCGCUGCCCCUGGGUGUGCACGACGGUGCCCGGCCCGGCCCCCCGCGCCCGCCCACCAUCUCCAACCCACCGCCCCUCAUCUCUUCUGCCAAGCACCCUGGUGUCCUUGAGCGGCAGAUGUGUGCCGUCUCCCAGGGAAUGUCGGUCCAGCUUCACGUCCCCUACUCCGAGCACGCCAAGGCCCCGGUGGGUCCCAUCACCAUGGGGCUGCCCCUCACCAUGGACCCCAAGAAGCUGGUGCCCUUCAGUGGAGUGAAGCAGGAGCAGCUGUCCCCCCGGGCUCAGGCCGGGCCCUCCGAGAGCCUGGGCGUGCCUACAGCCCAGGAGACGUCCGUGCUCCGAGGGACGGCUCUGGGCUCUGUGCUUGGCGGCAGCAUCACCCGGGGCAUCCCCAGCACGCGGGCGCCCCCCGAGAGCCCCGGCACCUACCGUGGCUCCAUCACGCACGGCACUCCGGCCGACGUGCUCUACAAGGGCACCAUCACCAGGAUCGUGGGGGAGGACAGCCCUGGCCGCCUGGACCGUGGCCGUGAGGACGGCCUGCCCAAGGGCCACGUCAUCUACGAGGGCAAGAAGGGCCACGUGCUGUCCUACGAGGGUGCCAUGUUGGUGUCCCAGUGCUCCAAGGAGGAUGGCAGGAGCAGCUCCGGACCCGCCCAUGAGCCCACUGCGCCCAAGCGCACCUACGACAUGAUGGAGGGCCGCGUGGGCAGGGCCAUCACCUCUGCCGGCAUCGAGGGUCUCAUGGGCCGCGCCAUCCCGCCUGAGCGUCACAGCCCCCACCACCUCAAAGAGCAGCACCACCUGCGCGGCUCCAUCACGCAAGGCAUCCCACGCUCCUACGUGGAGGCCCAGGAGGACUCCCUGCGGCGCGAGGCCAAGCUGCUGAAGCGGGAGGGCUCCCCGCCGCCCCCUCGUGACCUGGCCGAGGCCUACCAGGGCCGGUCCCUGGAUGCCCUGGGCCCCCUGAAGCUGAAGCCGGCCCCCGAGGGCCUGGUGGCCACAGUGAAGGAGGCCGGCCGCUCCGUGCACGAGAUCCCGCGUGAGGAGCUGCGGCACACGCCCGAGCUGCCCCUGGCACCACGGCCACUGAAGGAGGGCUCCAUCACCCAGGGCACGCCACUGAAGUACGACACCAGCGCGUCCUCUGCCAGCUCCAAGAAGCAUGAUGUGCGCUCCAUCAUCGGCAGCCCUGGCCGCACCUUCCCGCCCAUGCUCCCGCUCGAUGUGGUCACCGACGCCCGGGCUCUCGAGCGUGUCUGCUACGAGGAGAGCCUCAAAGGCCGGCCUGGUGCCUCGGGGGGUUCAGGGGGCUCCAUCACCCGCGGGGCCCCUGUCGUGGUGCCUGAGCUGGGUAAGCCGAGGCAGAGCCCACUGACCUACGAGGACCACACUGCGCCCUUUGCCAGCCACCUGCCGAGAGGCUCGCCUGUGACAACCCGGGAGCCCACGCCACGCCUGCAGGAGACCAACCUCCUGACCAGCAAGACGCCGCAGGACCGGAAGCUGACGUCCACGCCCCGUGAGGUCGCCAAGUCCCCACACAGCGUGGUGCCCGAGCUCCACCCGCACCCCAUCUCCCCCUACGAGCACCUGCUGCGUGGUGUGAGCGGCGUGGACCUCUACCGCAGCCACAUCCCGCUGGCCUUUGACCCCACCCCCAUCUCCCGAGGGAUCCCCCUUGACGCAGCCGCCGCCUACUACCUGCCCCGGCACCUGGCCCCCAACCCCACCUACCCGCACCUGUACCCACCAUACCUCAUCCGCGGCUACCCCGACACAGCGGCCCUGGAGAACCGCCAGACCAUCAUCAAUGACUACAUCACCUCGCAGCAAAUGCACCACAACGCCGCCACCGCCAUGGCCCAGCGUGCCGACAUGCUCCGCGGCCUGUCACCCCGCGAGUCCUCCCUGGCGCUCAACUACGCCACCGGCCCACGAGGCAUCAUUGACCUGUCCCAAGUGCCACACCUGCCUGUGCUGGUGCCCCCGACGCCCGGCACCCCUGCCCCGGCCAUGGACCGCCUCGCCUACCUCCCCACCGCACCCCAGCCCUUUGGCAGCCGCCACAGCAGCUCCCCGCUGUCCCCAGGAGGCCCCACACACUUGACAAAAGCCACGGCCGUGUCCUCGUCUGAGCGGGAGCGGGACAGAGACCGGGAGCGGGAGCGGGAGCGGGACAGGCCCCUCCUCACGUCCGCCAGCACCGUGGAGCAUGCGCCCAUCUGGAGGCCCGGUACAGAGCAGGGCAGCGGCAGUGGCAGCAGCGGGACCGGGAGCAGCAGCAGCCGCCCUGCCAGCCACACCCACCAGCACUCGCCCAUCUCUCCGCGGACCCAGGAUGCCCUGCAGCAGAGGCCCAGCGUGCUGCACAACACGGGCAUGAAGGGCAUCAUCACCUCUGUGGAGCCCAGCACGCCCACAGUCCUGAGGUCCACCUCCACCUCCUCUCCUGUCCGCCUGGCUGCCUCAUUCCCACCCACCGCCCACUGCCCGCUGGGUAGCACUCUGGAUGGGGCCUACCCCACCCUCGUGGAGCCCGUCCUGCUGCCCAAGGAGGCCCCGCGGGCCGCCCGGACAGAGCGGCCGCGAGCAGACACCGGCCAUGCCUUCCUCGCCAAGCCCCCUGCCCGGGAGGCCGCCUCCUCCCCCAGCAAGAGCUGCGAGCCCCGGCCCCUCGUGCCCCCCAGCUCCAGUCUCGCGGCCAUCACCCACACCCCAGCCAAGAGCCUCGCACCCCACGCCAGCCCGGACCCGCCGGCGCCCACCUCGGCCUCCGACCCGCACCGGGGAAAGACUCAAAGUAAACCCUUUUCCAUCCAGGGACUGGAGCUCCGUUCUCUGGGUAAGACCACCCUGACAGCGGCCACCUUCAUAGACGCGAUAAUCAUGCGUCAAAUUGCCCACGAUAAGGGGCCGCGAGAAGGAGGUUCGCGGGCCAGCGGCUCCCCUCGCCAUGGUUACCAUGGCUACAGCCCAGAAGGGGUGGAACCCAUCAGCCCAGUGAGCUCCCCGAGCCUGACCCACGAUAAGGGGCUCCCCAAGCAUCUGGAGGAGAUAGACAGGGGCCAUCCGGAGGGGGAGCUGCGGCACAAACAGCCAGCCCCCGGGAAGCUUGGAGGGGAGGCCGCCCACCUCCCGCACCUUCGGCCAUUGCCCGAGAGCCAGCCCGCAUCCAGCCCGCUGCUGCAGACUGCCCCCGGGGUGAAAGGUCACCAGCGGGUGGUCACCCUGGCACAGCACAUCAGUGAGGUCAUCACGCAGGACUACACACGGCACCACCCACAGCAGCUCGGCACCCCGCUGCCCGCCCCACUCUACUCCUUCCCUGGAGCCAGCUGCCCAGUGCUGGACCUCCGCCGCCCGCCCAGCGACCUCUACCUCCCACCCCCCGAGCACAGCACCCCAGCCCAAGGCUCCCCGCACAGUGAGGGGGGCAAGAGGUCUCCAGAGCCAAGCAAGACAUCAGUCCUGGGAGGCGGCGAGGAUGGCAUCGAACCCGUUUCUCCUCCUGAGAGCAUGACAGAGCCCGGGCACCCCCGGAGUGCCAUGUACCCGCUGCUGUACCGGGACGGGGAGCAGGUGGAGGCCAGGAUGGGCUCCAAGUCCCCAGGCAGCACCAGCCAGCCGCCCGCCUUCUUCAGCAAGCUGACGGAGAGCAACUCUGCCAUGGUCAAGUCGAAGAAGCAGGAGAUCAACAAGAAGCUCAACACCCACAGCCGGACGGAGCCGGAAUACAAUAUUGGCCAGCCCGGGACGGAGAUCUUCAACAUGCCGGCCAUCACCGGAGCAGGCCUAAUGACCUGUAGAAGCCAGGCAGUGCCGGAGCAUGCCAGCACCAACAUGGGGCUGGAGGCCAUAAUUAGAAAGGCGCUCAUGGGUAAAUAUGAUCAGUGGGAAGAGCCCCCGCCACUCGGCGCCAAUGCUUUUAACCCUCUGAAUGCCAGUGCCAGCCUCCCCGCGGCCGCUAUGCCCAUAACCGCUGCUGACGGACGGAGUGACCCUGCGCUCACCUCGCCAGGCAGCGGUGGGAAGGGCAAGGUCUCUGGCAGACCCAGCAGCCGAAAAGCCAAGUCCCCAGCCCCAGGUCUGGUGUCCGGAGACCGGCCACCCUCUGUCUCCUCGGUGCACUCCGAGGGGGACUGCAACCGCCGGACACCACUCACCAACCGCGUGUGGGAGGACCGGCCCUCGUCCACAGGCUCCACGCCAUUCCCCUACAACCCCCUGAUCAUGCGGCUGCAGGCAGGUGUCAUGGCCUCGCCGCCCCCACCUGGCAUCCCCGCGGGCAGCGGGGUCCUCGCUGGUGCCCACCACGCCUGGGAGGAGGAGCCCAAGCCACUACUCUGCUCGCAGUACGAGACGCUCUCCGACAGUGAGUGACUGCGCAUGGCGGUGCCAGGUCCCGGUAGAAGCGGCCCAGAGAGGAAGGAGCCCUGAGUCCGCCUGCCGUGCGCGUGCGUCUGUCCGUCCAUCCAGAGCGGAGCUGGCGUCCUUGCCUGUCUAAAGCCUUAACUACGACUCCCACCCGGGCUGGCCCUGUGCAGUGACCUUUCUCAGGGGAUGUUCACCUGGUGCUCGGGAGGGGAGGGUGGCGGGCUGGGGAGGCGCGUGGCGAGCAUGUGGCAGCCACACGCGCAAGGCCGGGGCAGCGGGGACCCAAGACAGGACGACUACGCACCUCCACCCCACUGCCUCCCCCAGCGCAUCUGGAACCAAAGUCUAAUCCGAGCUAGUGGCCCCCGCACCCUCCCUCUGCCUCCCACCCCGCUUACUGCUCUGGACAGACGAACACGGGCCUCAUCCAGCCUCUAGGCUCUUGUCCCGGUCCCCACGGGCCGCCCCAGCUGGUGAAACUGCUGGAAGCCGGGUCGGCCGGGCAGACGCCACGGACCUGGACCGUUUCUUCGCUCGCACGCAGUGGCCGCAGCGGUGGGAAGAGGAGGCAGGUGUAAAUGGUGUAUUGGUUUACAGGGUAUAUUUUUGAUACCUUCAAUGAGUUAAUUCAGAUGUUUUACGCAAGGAAGGACUCACCCAGUAUUAUUGCUGCUCUGCUUCCCAUCUGCUUACUGCUCAGGGGCCGUGUGCGGCCAUUGGGCGGUGACCCCACCAUCCACAGGACCGAGGGGCUGGGGCCCCCUGCUCACAAGUCCCCCGCCUCCCCCCUUCCUUGGGCAGAAUGAAUUUGAUGCGUAUUCUGUGGCCGCCACCUGCGCACGGCGGUGGCAUCCUGUCAUUUACACAUGUUGUUGUAAUUAAAGCGAAUUAUACUCAAGUCA